AAAUAAAAUAAACAAACAAACCAAAUGAAAACAGAAAGCGAUGAGUCAAGCUGCAAUCCGAGCUCAGACACAACGCGAGCAAAACGAGAGUUACAGCGAAAGCGCAAAGCCCAAUCCAUCGACCACCCUCAAACCCCCUCAAGAUUCAGGUCAGCGGACUUGUCCUCCAAACUUACCAUUGACGACUCCGAUGUCUUUGAGUGAAGAGUGCGCCUCACCUGUGCCGUAUCACAUUUCACGCCCAACGCUUACACCAAAUUCGGUAAGCGAUAACAUAUCCCAAAAUAUAGCGGCAACCACAACUAGUACAGUGACAUGUUUUACUACCUCCAUCGCGCCAACAACAACAACAAACACACCGGUACCUGCCGACUGCAUAGCGGUGUCAACAGCACGGCCUAUUCUUGCUGCACAAGCACAAAUUAACUUGAGUGCAAGCACUGGCAACAAAGGUAAAGCGCAAGAAAAGUUGAAAAACGAAACAACUAAAAAUACGGCCAUACAGACUGGAAUGGACCGCUGUGUUACAAUAAAAAGAAAACUUAGUCCGCAAAAUUCAACGGGCAGUAAGACAAAAAUAAACCGCCUUACCUCAACUCAGCAAGUCAGUACGAAUAGAUUUGCACUGCUAAGUGACAAUGCCGAUGAUGUGAAUAGCCAAAUUUCUGAAGGUGCUGCAAAAGCUACUAAUGCAAACCUCCGCCCAUUUUUAUAAGAGAAGAGAAUCCAAGCGCUCUUGUAAAAAAAAUUCACACAGCUAAUCGGUAGUAAUAAGUUACAUAUUAUCCCACUAUCUAAGGGAAAUAUUCGCGAAACUAAAGUACAAAUUUAUUCCGAACAGGAUUUUCGAAAUACCUGAAUGACACAAACACAAAAUUUUAUACAUACCAACUUAAAAGUGCAAAAGGUCUACAAAUUGUAAUUAAAGGUAUCGAACCAAGCGUUGAAGCUGUGGAAGUUUUGGAAGCACUUAAAGAACAAGGUUUCAAUCCAAAAGCUGCUGUGAAUAUUUUUAAUAGGAACAAAAUCCCUCAACCUAUGUUUAAAGUUGAGCUCGAGCCUGAAAACAAACCUCUGGGCAAAAACGAUGUGCAUCCAAUUUAUAAAUUGCAAUAUCUGCUGCACCGUAGGAUAACUGUGGAAGAACCGCAUAAGAGAAAUGGCCCUGUACAAUGCACCAACUGCCAGGAGUAUGGUCAUACUAGGUCUUACUGCACGCUUCGCUCAGUGUGCGUAGCUUGUGGAGAGCUACAUGUCUCUGCCACUUGCACAUCAAACAAAGAAGACCCGCGUGCAAAAAAUGUGGUAACUGCGGUGGAAAUCACACAGCAAACUACAGAGGCUGUCCAGUCUAUAAGGAGUUAAAAAACCGGAUCAACCAACGCGUGGCUUCCAUACGUACUCAUAAUGUACCGAAUGCCUUUGUACCCUCCCA